AUGGACUUUGAGAUGGCUAUCUGGGAGAUGACAUCACUAUUAAUAGCGCCUAAGAAGGUCUUCAAAUCGAUUUAUUACCAUCGCAUUAUGUUUCCAGAAACGAAAAACACCUGGCACCGUCCAGACCCGUCGUUCACCUAUCUUCUGUCCUUCUUUCUCCUUCUCACAGCUCUCGCAUGGGGCCUCGCCUAUGCGCCCUCAUUCGGAUCGAUCGCCCGCCUUUCGCUCCUCUUCAUCUUUCUCCAUUUCAUCGGGUCGUCUCUAGCGGUGUCGACCGCCGCAUACUUUGCCAUUCCGCGCCUCUUCGGGCCUGAGGGCGCAGCCGCGUCCCUGACUGGUUUCAGAGGAUCGCGAGGUCGCAGGCGCGGCGCAGCUCAAGGCCUCUUCACACAGCCGGGCGAGAAGGAUCAGUUGGAGUUUGGAUACUGCUUUGACGUCUCGAAUCGGGCGUUCUUCCCUCUAUAUCUCCAUCUCUACGUGGUCCAGUUUCUGCUGCUGCCACUCCUUACCCGCAGCCCGAGCAAUUUCCUGGCCACCUUCCUGGGCAACACGCUCUACCUUUCCGCACUGACCUACUACACCUACAUCACCUUCUUGGGGUACAAUGCGCUCCCCUUCCUGCACAACACCGAGCUCCUCCUGCUCCCGAUCCUGUUUCUGGUCAUCGUGUGGCUGGUGAGUCUGAUUGCGGGCUGGGGGGUGGUGAUGCACGGCCAUAGCGUGGUAGGGUUGUUCUGGGGGGUCUGA